AUGGUGGAAUUCUUGGUUCAACAUAAUGCUGAUGUUGAUGUCUGUGAUAAUGAAGGCUGGACUCCCCUUCAUGCAACAGCAUCGUGUGGUUUCAUAGGCAUUGCUCAGUAUUUGAUUGACACUGGUGCAAAUAUAGCUGCUGUGAACAAUGAUGGAGAUUUACCUAUUGAUAUAUGUGAAGAAAAAAAAAUGGAAAGGUUGCUUCAGGAAGAAAUGAAUGCACAAGGUGUGGAUGCUGAAGCAGCUCGGCGUGAGGAAGAAGAGAUGAUGCUGUCUGAUGCAAACCAAUGGCUGAACGCGAAAGCUGGAGUGCAGGAGAAUCCUCAUCCCAAGACAGGUGCUACUGCUCUCCAUGUAGCUGCUGCUAAAGGCUAUAUCAAGGUUAUUCAUUUAUUAAUACAAGCUAAGGUGAAUGUUAACAUAAAAGACUUUGAUGGCUGGACACCAUUGCAUGCAGCUGCACACUGGGGCCAGGAAAAAGCAUGUAAAAUUCUUGCUGAAAAUUUCUGUGAUAUGGACAUUAAAAAUAAUGCGGGUCAAACUGCAUUUGAUGUUACUGAUUCGGACCUCUUGCCAUUACUUGAAGAGCUAAAGAAGAAACAAGCUAUGCAUAAAGACAAAAUAGCUUCACACAAAGAUAAAGAUAUCUUUCAAACAAAGGGAAUUCCACAAAUCAAAAGAAGGACAUCAGUGACACGUAUGAGUGUUGACCAAAAACAGAAUGUUGUGUUACGAACUUUAGAACAAGAACGCCAUGAUUUAGACAAGGCAAAUAUUUUCAAAAAGAAGGAUGAAGAUGCUAAGAAGAGUAGUUCCAGCUCAACAAGUGAUGAAUCCAGUUCUGAAUCGGAGACUGAGCAUCAAAAUGAGAUAAACCAAAAUCCAUCUGUCCCCCACACGAUGGAGGAUAAUGGUGCCCUAGCGAUUGACACCACAGUUUCUCAGAAUGAAAUCUUAUCUGAUGAAGUAUUUGAAGAAUUUGUCCCAGAGAUCAUACCUGAUGAUUCUUCUGAAAUAAAUGAUAAUGUGACUGUCACCUUUGAUGUUGCUGCUACUAUCACCACCUCUUCCACAAUCUCUACUACUGCUACUAUUGACACAACAGAAGUAGAAAAUGAGACUGUUGAUGACCAAGAAGACGUGACACUUCAUUAUACUCCUUGCCUCAAAUUUUCUUUGCCUAGUGAUAUCCUUCCACAUAUCCCAAAUGAAAAGACUUAUUUGAACUCUUCUUUAUCAUUAUUCCUUUACUCUGGUUCUCUUUUUUAUCAUUGUCCUUUUCUUUUCUCUACACAAACACAAUUUCACACACUAUCCGGCUGUAACAGAGGUAAACACUUUCUUCCUCUCUUUGUUUUGCCUUUUUCUUUCCUUCCUUUUUCUUCUGUAGACAGUUCGGUUUCCAAACCCAACUCACUGCAACAGCGAUGUACACUUUCCUCCUCUCUUUGGUUUUCUUUUUUCUUUCCUUCUUCUUUACACAAUUCAGCUUAUAACAGAGGUAUACACUUUCUUCUCUGGUUUUCCUUUUUCUUUCUUUACACAAUUCAACUUGUAACAGAUGUAUAUACUUUCUUCCUCUCUGGAUAUCCGUUUUUUUUUCUUUAUACAAUUCAACUUGUAACAGAGGUAUACACUUUCUUCCUCUCUUUUGUAUUGAUCUGUAUCCUUUACCUACAUGGUAACUUUGCUACCAUUUUUACCAUCACCAUUAACCCUGCACCUUAUUCAUUGCAUGCCUUCCAGGUGCCUUCCUCACUUGAUCAACAGCUUUUGCAGGCACCAGCUACCACAACCACCUGUCUCAUCACUACUACAUCCACCGCUACCAAAAGCGUUACAGACUCUCGCUUGUGGACCAGGAUGUCAUUGCUUAAGACAGGCAGUUCAAGCAUGGUUCCAGCUGUAAUUAUUCCUGAACAUGAACCUGACACCAUUCCUCGUUCAGCAUCUAGUCCCUGGCUUGCAUGUGAUGUUAAUGACAAAGCAAGAGCACGACGACCAUUCUCAAGUACCAGUGGUGUUUCUGCAGGAGGAGUACAUCAAACUGAUGUACCAACAAACAAAUCUGUUACUCUAACUGGUAUAAAUAAUGAAAGAGCUGAAAAUGCUGAAAAACAAAAAUCAGUGACCAACAACACUACUUCCACUGCCAUCACAGAUGCCACCACCACAACCACUAAUACUACAACCACAGUGGCAGCAACAAUUUCAACUUCUACCAGCACCACCAUGCCUACAGUUACAACAAAAGUCAGCCUCCCAGUCCCCGAAAAGACUCCGAUUGCCGAUGCUGAUAAUGACAUCACUCCUACUCCUACUUCUCAUCCAACUACUGCAUCAUCCAUUACUAACACUGCAAGUAGUGUAUUUUCGGUAAUAAGACUAUCCGCACCAUCGGCUGUCAUAUCCAGUACUUCAGCUACAGAGCAUUUGGCCAGCCUCUCAUCACCACAGAUUAGAAGGUCAUAUGAACCUCCCAAAAGAGAUGAAGAAACAG